AUGUCUGACAUGAUUGAUAUUGAUGCUGAAGAAACCAGUCAAUUGGGAAAGACUUUUAAAAGUGAUAUGACAGAUCUGAAAGGAACUCGUGCUCUGGAAAGAAUCAUUGAGGAAGGUAAAAGACAAAUCCAAACAAUAUUUACUUACAAGACAGCAAUAGGUAAACUUAUCCAAGUUAGAGGUGAUGCUGAUAACAAGAAGGAAUUAUACAAACAAAACUUGACUAUUUUGGGUCCAAACAUUCAAAUUAUGAGAGAUUUGUUCCAAUUCAAUGAUGUCAUGAGAGAACAUGUUGUUGCCUUUGUGAAGGGAUUUUGCAAAGAUAAUGCUUCACCAAGUGCUGAUGAAGCAAAGGCUUUGAUUGAUGUUCUUGAUGUUGUUAUUAUUUUGGAUUAUUUGAAAACUUGGCAAGCAGGUUUAAAUAACGAUUUUGCCAUGUAUCGUAGAGCCAUUCAACACGUUAAAAAAGAUUACAAUAUGAGUGAAGAUGAAACAUUACGUCACUUCCUUGUCAAUCCACAUAAUAUUAAUAAGGCUUUGAAAACAUCUUUCACUGAAGAUGCUGAUGGAUAUGAAAAAGUUCUUUCAUAUUUGGCAAAUGAAUGUAAUAAUAGACAUGAAAAGGAAGAAAAGAAUGAAAAAUAUGUGAGAGUUGCUGUUUGUUGUGUCUUUUUAUUCGAUCAACUCAUUUCAGAUGCUAACAAGUUUGCAAAUAUGAAGAAGAAUAUGAAAUUCCACAAGAUUAACAAAUUAUUCGAAACUAAUCCUAAAGUAGCUCUUCACAACGAUCUGCCUCUCAACGUUCCAAAUUAUUUGAAGAGUUGUCCUAAUUUCACGAAGAACGCAGAUUGUGAUAAGGGAGUCUGUACAAUUUUGUAAAAAGUGUACACUAAUAAACAUUCUAGAAAUUAUUU